AGUUGGUUGGCAGAGACGACAGCCGCGAGGCCAAAACUUUCGACCGAAUCGCCAUCGGUGAUUUUCGAGUCGCCCUUUCUCUUUUUUCUUUGGUGGGAGCCGUCCUCGGUGCGCAGCCGCACCACGAGUGCACUGAAGCCCAAAAGCCGACACGUGCGCGGCAAAAAUGUCGCCAGCAGAUCACACCAUUCCUUUUCGGAUUACAACGUAUAAGUUAAACUUUCACUCCGUCAACAGCAGCCGUGAACGACCAAAGGAACGUAUUCUCGGUGACCGCCUCACCGAUGUAUGGUGUCUGCAGGGCGUGAACAUCAAUAAGCAGCUCAAGUCGCUGCCGGCAGCGUAUGAGGUCGUUCCCGCCUCCGGUCUGGCGUUCGUGCACAACAAGGAACGUGUGCGGGUGAUUUAUAAACAUUCGGUAAACCUGAUGCUGCCCCUCCUCGCGGCAGCGGACGAGCGGCCCUCGGUGGCCGACUCCUUCAGCGUCUCCCGUUUUCACCUGAGCAAACUGAAAGCUUUUGUUGGCUUCGCGGCCUACGAAAUGCUACCGCAGAGCUGGCCAGCCGCGGCGACGGCGUCCUCCCUUUCCCCUCCCAUGCGGGCCGCGGCGCAGCGUCUUCUCGUCGUCAACGUGGACUUUGAGAAGUACCGCGGGUGGGGGGAUGCGUUCCACUGCAGCCUGCUGAGCGUCUUGUGCCGCGAAAUCUGGGACGGCAGCCGGUGCUUAACGAAGCUGUGGGGCUGCACGCACGUGUUUCUUGCGGGCAGCUUCUUUUUUGUUCCCGGAUCCCCACCGUACCUGCUGAUGACGUCGCUCAGCGGUGGCCUCGUGGAGGAGGUUGUGGCGCAAACGGUGGUGCCGCCUUUUGAGCGGGUCAGAUGGGAGGAGAACGAGACGGAUGCGGCCGGCAAGGCUGCCGUAGUGACUUGUGUCGCUGCUGCGGAGGCGCAGGGUGGUAGCCGCUGUCGACAGCUUCUCGGUGUGCAGGUACGGCGUGGUGCUGCUGACGGUCCGGUGGUCACACUGGUUGACCUUCACUUCUCCUGUUUGAACCCAGCCACGGGGGAGUGCGACGCCGAGGACCCCCUCACCUGCGAAGCCGACGGGUGGUGGAUGCUGUUCAUCCCUCGAGACACUUCCAACGCGGACCAAAUAGUGGCGCAGCUGGAAUGGCCGUGCGACGACGACAUCUCCGGAAAAGAUGAAUGUGCAGAGCUUUUUGUUCGCUUCCGCGUCCGUUCGUUUGGUGUGCUAUCGCCGCAGCGCCAAGACGCAGACGGGCUUCCCGUUGGCGAACCUCUCCUCCGCAGCGCCACCGCCAAUACGGUCCGUGCUGACGCGGCCGAAGCGUUCUGUGACCGUCUGCGGCAUCGUGAGCCGUCAGCGAGCCACAUAACGGAGCUGCUGAGCGACGCGCGGCGGGCCCUCGGCGAGCCUGUCGCCACCGCCGUGUACCGAGAAGAUGGCGACGUGGUGCCCGACUGCUACGAUUACGUCUUCGUCUCCACCUUCACCGGUGCUGCGGUCCAAGACGCUUCCUUGUUGACGAUGGCUGACUUUGAGGCGGAGAUGACAACCCCGCAUCUGCCGGUUUCCUGCACCUUGGCCGUCCCUUGCGUGGUGCGGUGA